CUCUUUCUAAGAGAGAUGGGGUUUUCCUGCUUCGGCCUUGGGCGAUGGAGGCGGAUGAGAAAGUCAAGAGUCCCACUCAAGCUCGGGGGAGCGGGGGGAAGGGCGUGUCUACAAAUUUUAGGCCUCAGGCCUGCAGAUGGGUCGUCCGGGGAGCGAGGCGGCGGGGUCCCUUCGAGGGACCCAUUAGGCAUCCGGGGUGGGCCACCCGGGGCUGGGCAGAGCGCUGUGGCCCCGCCCCUCCACCUCAGCCCCCUCCUCUCCUCGGGAGGGGGCGGGGUUUGUUUACUCCUUGCACGCACCGCCGGCCCUGCCAAUCCGCGGGGAGCGGCGCCUUACGACACUCGGCCCGAGGGCCAAUGGGCGCUGCCCGUGCUGCUCCGCCGCCAAAGCUCGCGCGGGGGAAGCGGGGCCGCGGCUGGGCCGGGUGAGGGCGGACGAAGCUGCUGCGCGCUCGGCUGCAGCCGCCGCCGCAGCUCGGCACGCGGGCGCGCCCUGACCCUUCCUCCCUGGCCAGGCCCGCGGUGCGGACCGUUCGGCGUCCGGGGGCCGCGAACUCCACGGCCUCGACUGGGCAGGCCGCCGAUCUCCCGCCCCUGGCCCGAGUGCGAGUCCGCCGGGACCCGGCCGCCGCCGAGCGCGGGCGCCACGGGAGCGGCGGCGCCGAGGACGCGCCCCGGGCUCGGAAGCACAGCCCUGCGCGGCCGCCUCGUCCUCUGCAGCCGAGCGGCGGUUGGUUUGAGUUCCACAAAUGCAGAACUAAGAGGAUUUAUAGAUCAGAAUCUCAGUCCAACAAAAGGUAACAUUUCAUUUGUUGCAUUUCCAGUUUCCAGCACCAACUCACCAACAAAGAUUUUACCAAAAACCUUAGGACCAAUAAAUGUGAAUGUUGGACCCCAAAUGAUUAUAAGUACACCACAGAGGCUAACCAGUUCAGGAAGUGUUCUGAUUGGGAGUCCAUACACCCCUGCACCAGCAAUGGUUACUCAGACACACAUAGCAGAAGCUGCUGGCUGGGUCCCAGGUGAUAGGAAACGGGCUAGAGAAUUUAUAGACUCUGAUUUUUCAGAAAGUAAAAGAAGCAAAAAAGGAGAUAAAAAUGGAAAAGGCUUGAGACAUUUUUCAAUGAAAGUGUGUGAGAAAGUUCAGCGGAAAGGUACAACGUCAUAUAAUGAAGUAGCUGAUGAGCUGGUAUCGGAGUUCACCAAUUCGAAUAACCAUUUGGCAGCUGAUUCGCAGGCUUAUGACCAGAAGAACAUUAGGCGAAGAGUUUAUGAUGCUUUAAAUGUGCUAAUGGCAAUGAACAUAAUUUCAAAGGAAAAAAAGGAAAUUAAGUGGAUUGGCCUGCCCACGAAUUCUGCUCAGGAAUGUCAAAACCUGGAGAUAGAGAAGCAGAGGCGGAUAGAACGGAUAAAGCAGAAACGGGCCCAGCUGCAAGAACUUCUCCUGCAGCAAAUCGCUUUCAAAAACCUGGUGCAGAGAAAUCGGCAAAAUGAACAGCAGAACCAGGGCCCUCCAGCUCUGAACUCCACCAUUCAGCUGCCAUUUAUAAUCAUCAACACAAGCAGGAAAACAGUCAUAGAUUGCAGCAUCUCCAGUGACAAGUUUGAAUAUCUUUUCAAUUUUGACAACACCUUUGAGAUCCAUGAUGACAUAGAGGUCCUGAAGCGGAUGGGGAUGUCCUUCGGCCUGGAGUCAGGCAAAUGCUCUCUGGAGGAUCUGAAACUGGCUAAGUCACUGGUGCCAAAGGCUUUAGAAGGUUACAUCACAGAUAUCUCCACAGGACCCGCCUGGUUAAAUCAGGGACUACUCUUGAACUCUACCCAGUCAGUUUCAAAUUUAGACCUGACCACUGGUGCCACCUUGUCCCAAUCAAGUGUGAACCAAGGGCUGUGCUUGGAUGCUGAAGUGGCCUUAGCAACGGGGCAGCUCCUUGCCCCAAACAGUCACCAGUCCAGCAGUGCGGCCUCUCACUGCUCUGAGUCGCGAGGUGAGACCCCCUGUUCGUUCAACGACGAAGACGAGGAAGAUGACGAGGAGGAUUCCUCCUCCCCAGAAUAAAGACAGGAGAAAACCCA